AUGCCCUCAGAUCCUAUAACUGUGCUGCCUGCCAGUGACUCAAUGGUUACUUUGACCCAUCCGACGACUACUUUAUGGAUUCUAGAGCUCCACAACGGAGUAGAUAAUCGUCUUUCGCAUACGCUCAUUAACAAGGGCAUAAAGCCUGCUCUUGAUGUUGUCGAAAGAGAAUGGCGAGAGCAACGGCAGGCGGGUCGCGAAGACGCCGGUCAUGGUGCGCUCAUCGUAGUUGGGAGGAGAGACCAAGAUAAAUUCUUCAGCAACGGUUUGAACUAUGAAGAGUCGUUGGCGGACCCCAACUUCUUUCAACAAACCUUCAAUCCUAUGUUGACUAGGUUAUUAACAUUCCCGAUUCCAACUAUCGCAGCAAUCAAUGGGCACUGCUUUGCAGGUGGUUUCGUACUCGCGCAAGCAUGCGACUACAGAGUAAUGACCGACGGCUCAACACGUAAUGCAUGGCUCUGUAUGAACGAGAUCCACUUCGGAGCUCCAUAUCCUCUUUCCGUGGCCUCGCUCCUAACCUCCAAAUAUGGGAACACCAAUCUGCACCGUAAAAUUGCUCUCGAAGGUCACCGUUUUACUCCUCCCGAGGCUCUAAAAGAUGGUGUUAUAGACUACAUUGUUAAGGGCACAACUAAAGAUAUCUUGAAAGCAGCCGAGGAGGUCGCAAAUCGAGUUUCUGUGAAUGCAAAGGCCGGAUGUUGGGGGCUAAUCAAGCGAAAUAUAUACAAGAAGCUUCUGGACGAUGUCAUACAAGAUAUUAGGCUGAUAAAUCCACUGAUAGACGCUGCUGCUGCUAAAGCAAGGCUUUAA